AUCAAAAAAGAAAUGGCAAUGACUACGUCUUGCUGUUUCUUUAUCAGGCAUGUGGCUUGGAUUUGAUAUUUGGGCGUGGUGCCGUUUGGUUUAACAUAAAGGCGCCGUUACAAAUCCACUUGGGCACCAUUUCUGAUCAAUACUUUCUCUCGGUACCUGAAAACUCCAAGCAACCAUGAGCCUCUCUGCGAAAGACAAGGCCGCGGUGAAGGCCUUCUGGGCCAAAGCUGAAGGGAAGUCCAGCGAGAUUGGCGCAGAAGCCCUGGGCAGGAUGCUGGUUGCCUACCCUCAGACCAAGACCUACUUUUCGCACUGGGGGGACCUGAGUCCUCAGGCCGCACAAGUCAAGAAACAUGGUGCCGUCAUCAUGUCAGCGGUGGGGAAAGCUGUCAAAGGCAUUGAUGAUCUUACUGGCUGCUUGAGCUCCCUCAGUGAGCUGCAUGCUUUCAAGCUCCGGGUGGAUCCUGCCAACUUCAAGAUCCUGGCCCACUCCAUCAUCGUGGUCCUGGCCAUGUACUUCCCCGCAGACUUCACUCCGGAGGUUCACGUCUCUGUGGAAAAGUUCCUGCAGAAUGUGGCCUUGGCUCUGUCUGAGAGAUACCGCUAAACUUGCAGCAACUCAGAAGCAUCGAAAACAAGUCGUAUGCCAUCCAACAAUGUCUCAACGAGUAGGGGCAUGUUAAAUUAAAAAACAAACAAACAAA